GGCUGCAGUGAGAGGAGGAAAGAAAACACAGCGGACAGCUUGGCUCUGCUAGCCUCAAACGCCAUCUUAAGCAGAAGCGGGGCUUUAAACCGACAGAAAGCUGGGAAAAGGCCUCUGGGAGAGGAACAACGCUACUCUCACCUGCGUUUUAAGCGCUCGGGUCGCUCUUAGGGAGCACCAUUCGUGCCCUUUGGCGUUUACAAAACAAAAUUAAGUCGUAAGGAAAUCUGCAAGGAACUGGUUACCCUCUAGCUAUUUGGCGAGGGGAGGGGUUGGGGGGUUGUGGGGUUGUGUUUUUUUCGCAGCCGAAGUUGAUUGUUUAUGUUAUUACAUAUGGACAUGUCCUCAGCGAACCCAGAGUUACCAGACCCAAAUCUGGGUAUGGGGGCAAGUGGGAACCAGGCAGGUGGUGGAGCUCUUGUGCCAAAGGGGACCAACAAGAGACGAGCUGUGUCGGAUUUUGAUGACGACGAUGAUGGCAGCAAGCUGUUCAGGUGUGAUGAUGAAAGCAGUGGCUCCAACAAUGAUAAAGAGCGUUUUGCUAGGUUUUUGGAGGAAGAUCAAAGUUUUGCAGAUAAGGAAAAACUAGCCAGGGAGAAUCACAGUGAAAUUGAGAGGCGGAGGAGGAACAAGAUGACCGCCUACAUUACAGAAUUAUCAGACAUGGUGCCCACUUGCAGCGCUUUAGCACGGAAACCAGACAAACUAACCAUCUUACGAAUGGCAGUGUCCCAUAUGAAGUCCCUGAGAGGAAGUGGCAAUACCAAUGCAGAUGGCUCAUACAAACCAUCCUUUCUCACUGACCAGGAGCUCAAGCACCUCAUCUUGGAGGCAGCUGAUGGCUUCCUGUUUGUGGUGUCAUGUGAGACUGGCCGUGUUGUUUAUGUCUCAGACUCUGUGAAACCCGUCCUCAACCACUCACAGUCUGAUUGGCUCGGCUCUUCCCUUUAUGAUCAGCUCCACCCAGAUGACACAGAAAAGCUGAGGGAACAGCUGUCCACUUCAGAGAAUAACAACACAGGGAGAAUGUUAGACUUGAAGACAGGAACAGUGAAGAAGGAAAAUCAGCAGUCAACAGCAAGAAUGACUAUGGGAGCACGUCGAUCAUUUAUCUGCAGAAUGAGGUGUGGAACGUGUCCUGUGGAGCCGUUGUCAAUGAACAGACUGAACUUCCUGAGGAAUAGAAAUAGGAAUGGUUUGGGUACAGCCAAAGACGGAGAGCCCCAGUAUGUAGUGGUCCACUGUACAGGAUACAUCAAGUCUUGGCCCCCUGCAGGUGUAUCACUAACAGAUAAUGAAACAGACAACACUCAGGGGAGUCGAUACUGUCUUGUUGCCAUUGGGAGAUUACAGGUGACUUGUUGCCCUGGAGACACUGACAUCAAAACGAUCAGUGUUCCAGUAGAGUUCAUCUCACGCCAUAAUUGCCAGGGCCUGUUCACCUUUGUUGACCACCGCUGCCUGGCCACUGUUGGCUACCAGCCACAGGAUCUAUUGGGUAAGCACGUUUUGGAGUUUGCCCACCCAGAAGACCAGGGCUUACUGAGAGACAGCUUUCAACAGGUGAUGAAGCUAAAGGGCCAGGUUUUGUCAGUGAUGUUUCGGUUUCGCGCCAAAUCAAGAGAAUGGAUCUGGAUGAGAACCAGCUCCUUCACCUUCCAGAAUCCUUAUUCAGAGGAGAUAGAAUAUAUCAUCUGUACCAAUGUCAAUGUCAAUAGAAACUCGACUCAGGACCCCCUUACUCCCAUCUCUUCCACAGGGGGCUUGCUGCCCCCUUCCCUGGGUCAGAGCAGCCCAAGCAGCCCUCCUGUAGUGCUCAGCCCGGGGCAGGUGGCCAUCAGGCAGUUCCAACAGCAGCAGCAGGCUGAGCUGGAUGGAGGUGGGGCUCCAGACAGAAUGUAUGAGAUGCCAGUCCAGCCGGUGCAGCCGGUCACUGCUGCGGGUCCUGACCACAGCAAGACACUUGAGAAGCCAGAGCUCUACACGUCCAUUUUCCAAGGCCCAGAUCAGACCAAGAACAUGCCCUCCACCUCUGCUCCUCCAACACAGGGUUACCCCCAGGCCAACAAUUUUACUGGUGGUCGGUCCAAUGAUGCUUACAGGCCAGUCAAUAUGGCUCCACAGAUGGCACAGCCAGCCCAGUCAGCAGGACAGAUGCUGGCUCAGAUGUCUCGUCAGAAUGGAGCCCCACAGUCAGUUACCCCCUCCAACACUGUCAGCCCCCUCCAUGUAGGACCAACAGGAGCAUGGCCAGGAACUGCAGUUGGAGUUAGACCACAAUUUAAUAACCAGCAGGUGGCUCCCCAGGCAGCAAAGACCAUGUCUCCUCCAUUUGUCCCCAUGGGAUUUGGAGGAGGCUCUUCAAGCUCUUUUGGCCAGAUGCCUACAGGUGCUGCUCCCACCACCACCAACGGUGCCGACUACCCGCAAAUGAAUGCUCGUGCCAGCCACAACACGAAUGGUUAUGAUGGCUCCCAGUCUGGGGCUCAGUUUCCAUCUCGAGCAGCAGAGGCAGUGUGGCCACAGUGGCAAGGCCAGCAACACUCGCAGAGUAAUGCAGAGCAGCAUCCUCAUGCUCAGGGCAACCAGCAAGACAUGUUUCCUGAUGUGUUGUCUAUGUUGGACCAGCCUGCCAACUUCAGCAGCGAUGACUUUGAGAUUCCGAUGUACCCUUCCUUUAAUGAGUGAUAUGGUCAAUACUUCCUAUGCUGGUCCAUCCCUUUGUCUUCUUCCGUCACUUUUCUUAUAUUUUGCUCUUCUUUACCUGUUUUCUUCCUGCUCCUGGGAGUAGCAUUCUUUCCUUGCUUUGCAUGGCUUACACUGCACUGCCAUAAGCCAACUAAAGAUGGAGGGAUUUAUCUGACAGUAGAUAUUUAGGAGAGGAAAAUCAAGGAUUUGCUACUGACAUAAAGGAAUUUAUUUUAACAAUAUUCCAGCCAUUGUAAGAGCUAGCACUGCCCAAAGCCCAACAGCCCAUGUUGUAGAUAUGUGAUAUAUAAAUAUAUAUAAAUUUAUAAAAGCGCACAAUCACAAAACUGUUUUUGAAUAGAGUGCACACACACACACACUCGCGUUCUGACAAACAGGGAGUAAACACACACGCCCAAACAAAGGCCUUUUGUUCUAAUGUACUCCUGGUUUUCUCAGGCAUUGAUGAAGAGUGUAUUUAGCUGUUUUAUCCUUUAGCAUGUAGACUAAUCAAGCCAAUCAUUGAUUAAAACUCUCAGGAAAUUGCAGGGAUAUACAGCUUUGGUGAUUUGAAAAGAACAUUUCAGCUGUGGCAUGCAAACUACCACUGUCUGUGCUCACCUCACUCGGUUUUAAAUCCUCCGCAUGUCUCUGCACGUCAGCACUGCUUUAAUGGAGCGCUUUUAACGUGUGUAGAUUUUUACUAAGUACAUUUAUCUUUGUACAUUGUUGGCUUCAAAUUUUAAUAAUUUAAUUUGUUCUCAAGGAACAUUUGUUUGUUCUUUAUGGAAUGAUGCUCUUUAAUUAAAAAGUGUUACAGUGGUUUCAUACUGUUGGUCUUGGUGCCCGCUGGAAAUUAUACUGUAUUUCCUUGCUUACAUGUACAUACAGAACACUAUGCAUGUUUGUGCAUAGUGUCUGUAUGUUAAAUGGAUGCCCACAGUAUCACUUUCACCUUUCAUAGAAUCAUAGGGUUUUCUGACUUGUUUCUAUUAUCCUGCAUUAACCUGUACCAGGAAUGGGCCUUUUGUAUUCCUUUUGUAAAAGAAAUAUAAAAAAGUAAAUCGCAUAGCAAUAAUUAACAAGCAGGAAUUGUGUACUUUUAAAGCCAUUCUUUAUUGUUGUUGUCAUAAAUGUUGUCCUAAAUUAAUAUUAUUUUGAAUUGCAGAGAUGUGAUGGCAAUGUUUUUGUUUUAAUUGAAAUGUUACCCUCUCUUUGUUACUUCAAAACUUUUAAUGAUCACUUGAUCUCCAUUGCCCACUUUUUUCUGAGCUGUAUCUUAUUCGUGGAUUGAUCAGGGUAUUCAGGAUUGAAAUGGAAUAAUCACAGCUAAAAAGCAAGACAAUCUGUGUCUGAGAUUUUCCAAAAGCUGCAUUGUUUUGUCCUCUUUUACUGACAAACAUUUGGACUAUCCAGCCAUCUGUGUUUUACAGUCAGGUUUUUGUAAAUGUGUUCUUUAGAAUGUUGUGUGUUGCAAGAUGACGCUUCUAAAUCAGUGUGUGUAAUUAGUUAUAUUUGACACUUGUGUUACAGAGUUCCAUACUUUGUGUGUAACACCUGCACACAAAUUCUACUAUCAAACUAUGUAAACCCCUGCUCAUAAUUGUCAAUUUUUUAAUCUUAAAAAGGAUGUUGGUGACUGUUCUUUGUUAUUGCUGAAAGCCUUUUUUGGUUGCUCUGUAUCCAGGUUUUUUUCUUUCCGAUGAUGUGAACUUUAAUCACUCAUUAAACACAAAUAUAUAAAUAUACUGUAUAUGAACUGUCCAAUGAGAGAAUGUUUGGUUUUUGUAUUAAAUUGUUAUAUUGUCAGAAA